UCGCCUCAGUGCGCGUUGUGACCUCAGUGUGUGUGGAUGUGUGCGGUGUGAUGCACGCAACAGAGUACUGUGAAUGAUAUUUUUGUGACAUACUUAUCAAGAUGCGCAGAAUACAGUGUGCAGGAUGUUUAGGCAUUCUAGGAAUUGUACUGCUCAUCUUGGGAGGUCUUGUAGCUGGUCUCUUCGAUGAUUUUAUCAACCAAAUCAUAUAUAAGGAAUUAGUUAUCCGCAGUGGGUCUGAUAUGUUCCAAACAUGGAAGCACCCACCAGUUGUACCUCAUUUACGAAUGUACUUCUUCAAUCUAACAAACAAGCAAGAAUUUUUAGACGGUGCAAAGCCUGUUCUGCAAGAAGUUGGGCCAUACUGCUAUAGAGAGCACUGGGAGAAAAUAAAUGUUGGAUUUCACAACAAUGGAACAGUGUCCUAUGAGACUCAAAAGCACUACUACUUUGAAAGAAGUCAUUCCUCAGGAUCUGAGGAUGAUGAGAUAGUCACUCUGAAUAUUCCUAUGCUAGCUGCAGUGUCUCAGGUCCGGUUCAAACCAAGGCUGGCUCAGUUAGCCAUAGAUUCCUUACUCACUGUUCUCAAAGAGGAACCCAUUGUGGCUCAUACAGUUGGGGAAUUUAUGUGGGGAUAUGAUGAUCCUCUGCUCAAAAUUGCCAAGAAUCUUCUGCCUCCAGAGGAACGUAUGCCUUUUGAUAAGUUUGGAUUCUUCAUUAAUCGAAAUGGCUCUACUGACGGGUUAUUUAAUGUCUUCACUGGAGAGGGAGAUAUCACUAGAUAUACAACUAUUAAUACAUUCAACCACAAGAAAUAUCUCGAUUUUUGGAAGACAGAAGAAUGUAACAUGAUAAAUGGCACAGAUGGUUCAUCAUUUCCUCCUGGUGUGACAGAGGACUCUGUUCUUUAUAUGUUUAAUGAAAAUCUGUGUCGUUCCAUUCCUCUUACUUUCUGGCACAAGAAGGAAACCUUUGGAAUGAAAGCACUAAGGUUCUCUCCCCCACGAAAUGUCUUUGAUGUCACACCAGAGAAUGACUGCUAUUGUGUAGGAGGUCCACCAUGCCUUGGAGGAGGGGUUUUUAACAUCAGUACUUGCAAAUUUGGGUCACCUACUGUGGUUUCAUGGCCACAUUUCUACCAGGCAGACAGAAAGUACAGAGAAGCUGUCGUUGGAAUGGAGCCAGACCCAGAAAAGCAUGCAAUGUACAUUGAUGUAUCACCCAGAACAGGAUCACCACUCAGUGCUGAGGCUCGCUUGCAAAUUAAUGUAGCUGUUCCUCAUGUUCCUGUGAUCAAACCAGCAGCAAUGCUUCGAGAGAUGAUAUUCCCAAUUGUUUGGUUUGAAGAUGGAGUGACAGAACUUCCCAGUGAAAUUGUGGAGUUAUUACAGGUUGCAGAAAAUGUACCAGAGGUGACAAAAUCCAGCCUAUUAGUAGCCUUCUUUGUCCUUGGAGGUGUUUUGGUUUUGGGAGUAAGUCUGUCUUUGCUUGCUGAGCACUUUGACCUACCUUUACCAUUCUUGAAUCCUAACUAUAGUACUAGUAAGAGUGCCAUAGACAAGGCAAGUGAUCGACCACAGGGUAAUUCUCCCAAGAGAGAGCUCUCUGGCCAUUCCAACCCUGCCAUGACAGACGACGGCGAUAAAGAUGCAGCAUGACGCCUUUGGACAGUCCCACACACAAGCAACAGCAACAACUUGUUGAGAAGUAGUUAUUACCCAAGUAGAUAUUACUGUACAGGCUAUCCUACUUGUACUCCUCCUUUAGAUCUCUGUAGUCAGCACAGGAUGUUUUGGCCUGUUAGUGCUGGAGUAGCCUCUUAUUGGUCAACUUGGCAGGAAGCCUACCCAAUGUAUCUCUAUAAUGUGCAAAACAAUUCAUCCCCUCAUCAUUCUCAAAACUUUAGGCUUAAUGCAUACAAUCACCCCUAUUCAGCUACACAUAUGUAUAAUAGAAAUACAAAUAGAUUUUAUUCAGAGAGGUAGAUGUAUUGGUAGCUUUGUGAAAGGAAAUUUUUCUUCCAGGUGUAGAUUUUAUUAUACAUAAUUCAAACAUCUUUUUGGAUUC